AUGCCACGUAUGAAGCCGAUGCUGAAUGCGAUCAAGGGCCGGACGGAGAACCACCAAAAGUGCCUGAAGCUGUUGCUCGAAAGGGGCACCGACGUCAAUGCCACGAGCAUGUCGACCGGCAUGACGUACCUCCACUAUGCGAUUGCGCAGGAAUUUUGGCCCGGAUAUGCGACCACCGUGAAGAUGUUGCUCGAAGCCAAUGCAGAUCCCAGCAUCGUGGACAACGCGGGCCACACCCCGCUUGCGAUGCUCAUCAAGGGCCAAAGCCCGGGCCAAGUCAGGCCACUGGGUCAGGAAGAACGGGAGGCCUUAACGGUCCUCCUCAACCGAAACCCCAUCCACCAGAUCAACGUGAGAAAUCCACACAGCCGCGAAAACCUGCUGCACAUGGCCGUACGAAGACAGGAUGCAUACACGCUCGAAGCGGUGCUCGGCCGCUGCACCUACUCGGAAGUAAGGGGACGAUUAGUCAGUGAACGCACGCCGCAGGGACACACCCCGCUUCUACUCAUUAUGAAUAUCUGCCACUUCACCACCAGCAAGGCGGCCGGCGUGGCUCUACGAAUGCUGGAGGUUCUGCUCGAGCACGGCGCUGAUGCGGAUGAUGCCGACACCAGACGAGGCGAUACGGCGCUGCACUUUAUCAUAGGCGUGCAUCGGAGCUUUGAGGCCCUGGAACUACUUCUAAGGCACAAAGCCAACGCCCUCAAGAGAAAUACUCGGCAUGUCUGUCCGUGCGCUCUGCUGAGGGACAAGGCCCACGAUUACCCUUACGAUCCCUGGUACGCCCGUGCGAUCAUGCGGCUGUGUGAACUUGAUGAGGCGAGUACGCCGGGGCCAGGCUCAGGCCAAGUAGCUGCGAUACUCAAGGCUCCGCGACGUGCAUCCCCUGAGAUGACACCGCCACAGUCGCCAACAAGGUCGUCCUGA